AUGGAUGAAUACGAUGAGUUUGGUAAUCCUAUUGGAGGAUCCGCUGGAGAGAGUUCGGAAAGCUCAUCUAUCAGUUCAGAAGAUCACGACGAGUUGAAGCAGAUUGUGGAAAAUGAGGAGAGUGACCAUGAAGAGAAAGGAAUAGAGACAUCAUCGAAUCAGAUAAUUUUACCGGAGGAUAAAGCAUACUAUCCGUCUGCUGAGGAAGUUUUUGGUUCCGAGGUAGAGACUAUAGUAGCUACUGUUGAUGCUAAGAACAUCAACGAACCUAUAGUAGAGCCAUUAGAUGAAGAGGCAUUCAAGAUUGAGGAAAAAGAUCUACCUGAAACAAUGUAUUCGAAACAAUACAUGUGGGAAUUGAUGAAAAUCCCUUCAAAGGUGAGGAAUGUGGCUCUCUGUGGAAGCUUGCAUUCUGGAAAGACCUCAUUUGUGGAUAUGCUAGUUAAUGAGACGCAUAAGUUAUCCACUCCAAGCUCUAGGUAUACAGAUAACCAGACGUUGGAGGUAGAUAGAGGAAUAACCAUUAAGGCCUCUACCAUGACGAUGCUUCUUGGAGAUAUCUCGGGACACUCGUUGGUUGUCAAUUUGAUUGAUGCACCAGGGCAUACAAAUUUCAUUGAUGAGGUGGCAGCGUCAGUAAGAUUGGCUGAUACUAUGGUCAUCGUGGUGGACGCUCUUGAAGGUGUGACGAAAUCGGUAGAAUUGGCUCUCAAAAUUGCCGUUAAUACAAACACCGAAAUAUGCCUUAUGGUCAGCAAAAUCGAUAGGUUGAUUAUGGAAGUUCGAUUAACCCCUCUAGAUGCCUAUUAUAAAAUUCGAAAGACGAUAGAAGAAGUGAACGAUGUGUUAAAAGCAGUAGGUGGAGAAAAUGUCAGUCCGGUACUUUCUCCAGCUUUAGGAAAUGUCUGCUUUGAGUCAGCUACUUUCAAUAUAUGCUUCACGUUGAUGAGCUUUGCUAAAUUAUACAUUCAACAGCGCAAGUUGAAUGCCAUAUCUGCCUAUGAUCUUGCCGCCAAAUUCUGGGGAGAUUCUUAUUUCCUCGAUGGGAAAUUUACCAAGAUUACAGAUGAUGUUCUUGGCUCUGCUAGUUCAAGGACUUUUGUCAAAUUCAUUUUGGAACCAAUUUACAAGAUUGUUACGCGUGCCAUCACACUGGAUCCAGAGAAUUUAGAAGAAUUCGUUAGAAAGAAGCUUGGUAUAUUAGAUAUCAGACACCCGGAGUUCAAAAAGGAUCCUCGUGUUUUACUUAAGCGUCUGCUGGGAUCUUAUUUUGGUCUAUCUUCAUCCCCUUUUGCUGAAAUGUUGCGAGAUAUUGGACCUUCACCGAUUAGGAAUGCUCCUAAUAAGCUGAAAAGUUUAUACGUGUCAGAAAAAUUAGACUCAAUCACGGAACACGUUCAAAAAUGUGAUUGUGAUGGUCCUCUUAUUGCGUACGUCUCGAAAUUGGUAAACUCUAGAGAUGGUUCGAGGUUUUAUGCGGAAUUGAGAGUUCUUUCCGGUACGUUGAAACCUUCUUCGUCGGUCAAACUUCUUGGUGAAAGCUAUUCACAAGAGUUUGCUGAGGAUAUGAAAGUUCAGGAUGUUAGAAGAACUUUUUUGGAAUGUGGAAGGUACCGCAUCAAAGUGGAAGGAAUACCUGCAGGCUCCAUUGGAUUGAUAUCAGGCCACGGAAUUGAUUCCUUCAUUACUAAAACGGCUACAAUUUACGAUAUACACAUCCCGGAUGACCAAAUGCAUAUUUUCAAGCCAAUGGGGCAUGUACUACAGCCCGUUUUUAAGGUGGCAGUGCAGCCAUUUAAUCCUUCCGAUAUGGCUAAAUUUACUGAAGGACUAAAACAUACCAACCAGUCAUAUACAGGGUGUGAGAUUAAAGUGGAGGAAGGAGGUGAACAUGCCAUUAUUGGAUACGGAGAAUUAUAUAUGGAUUGCCUACUUAGAGAUUUGAGGAAGCUAUAUACUAAGAUUGACAUCAAGGUGAGUGAUCCAAUGACAAGAUUUGCAGAAACUUGUGUUGAUAUGUCUAUGGUUAAACUGGAUAUCAAGUCCAACAACCAAAAGAACUCAAUAACCAUCAUAGCCGAGCCUUUGGACCCUCAGAUUUCUUCAGAUCUAGAAGGGGCGUUGAUCACUAUGUCAACACCUGCAAGAAAGAUGAGUAAAAUCUUCAGACAAAAAUAUGGGUGGGACGCUUUAGCUGCCAAUUCUAUCUGGGCGUUUGGACCAGUUGAGAAUCAUAGUACCUGCGUGUUGUGUGAUGAUACUUUGCCUGAUGAAACCAAUAAGGAUAGCCUCAUGGCAGUAAAAGAAUCGGUCAUUCAAGGAUUCAGAUGGGCUGCUAGAGAAGGGCCGUUAUGUGAUGAGCCUAUUCGAGAUGUAAGGUUUCGAAUCAUCGAUGCUCGCAUAUCUCCCGAUUUUAUAGAAGCCAACAGUGCGCAGAUUAUUCAAAUGGUACGUAAAGCAUGUCAUUGUGCGUUGAUGACGGGCACUCCAAGAUUGCUUGAGCCAUUGUUCGAGAUUGAAAUUACUUGUUUGUCCAAGAUUGCGGGGAAGAUGGGUCGUUUUCUAGACAAGCGUCGUGGAUCGAUCAUUUACAGGAGCUUCAUUGAUGGAACACCACUUUCUAAAGUUAUUGGUAUGGUUCCAGUAAUCGAUUCAGUGGGACUUGAAACCGAUAUCAGACUUCUAACUGACGGUAAGGCGAUGUGUCAGUCAGUGUUUACUAAAUGGCAGGUAACUCCUGGAGAUCCAAUGGACUCCACGUGCUACAUUCCGUUGCUUAAACCGGCACCUAUCAAAUCGCUAGCCAGAGAUUUCACCAUGAAAACGAGAAAACGCAAAGGCUUAGACGAUGAGCCCUCUCUACAGAGGUACGUGGAUGAAGAGACGUGGCAUAAGUUGCAAAGUACGGGGUUGUUUGAGUAA